CUCUUUCCUGGCAUGUGCGAGGCAACAAAGGCCUCUUUGUGGUGUGGGGUUUCAUGGCUGAGAAGUGCCUGCCAUUCACACAGGAAUCUCCAUAACACAGCACAGAGUGACUCCUCUACAGGAAAGAGAGCAGCAGCAGGUGAGUCGUGAUGUUUGCCUUCCAAUGAUCACUGUACUAGAACUCCAUGAAUUCCAAAGCAACAGGAGGCUCAGCAGCUUUUGAUAUCUCCCAGCUUCCUACCUUAUUGUGACAUUCCUUCUGGGUCUUUAUUUUCACCCGUCUGAGGUGUAUGGUGAAAGGGCUGCAUCAGGAACAUUGUUGAGAGAGCGGCUUGCAUACGAGGGAGGGCCAUGGGCUUGAGCUCUGCCAUCCUUCACCUUUCCUACAAGUUCAGGCUGCUGCUGCUCUUCAUCUUCUGCAUGAUGGUGGUGACAUGGGCCACCUCCAGUUACCUUGUGGACACGAUACAGGAGACUCCCAAAGUAAAGAGCUUGGUGGAGAAUUUUAGGAAGGCAACCAUGCUGGAGAAGGAGAAUCAGAAAAAGAAGUCCAUGUCCACUAUAGAAGUUCCCACAGUGAAGUCCACCAUGAGUCACUGCCCUGCUCUCUCUCCCUACCUGCAGGGCCCCAGCAAGCUCAAGUUCAAAGCAUCUCUCACACUCGAAGAGGUACGGAAGGAGAACCCUCAGGUGGCAAAAGGCCGGCAUCGCCCUGCAGAGUGCUCAGCACUGCAACGCGUGGCCAUCCUGAUCCCACACCGCAGUCGAGAGAAGCACCUGUUGUACCUGCUGGAGCACCUCCACCCAUUCCUACAGAGACAGCAACUGGACUAUGGUAUCUAUGUCAUCCACCAGGCUGGCAAUACCAAAUUUAACCGAGCUAAACUGCUGAAUGUAGGAUACUUGGAGGCUCUGAAGGAAGAAAACUGGGACUGUUUCAUUUUCCAUGAUGUGGACCUGGUGCCAGAGAAUGACUUCAACCUGUACAUGUGUGACAAACAACCAAAACACCUUGUAGUUGGCAGGAACAACACUGGGUACAGGUUGCGUUACCAGGGAUAUUUUGGGGGAGUAACUGCUCUAACAAGGGAUCAGUUUUCAAAGGUGAAUGGAUUCUCGAACAAUUACUGGGGCUGGGGUGCAGAAGAUGACGACCUCCGAAUCAGGGUUGAGAUGCAGAAGAUGAGGGUGAUGCGGCCAUCCCCUGCUGUAGGAAAGUACACUAUGAUCUUCCACACAAGAGACAGAGGCAAUGAGGCGAAUAGAGAAAGGAUGAAACUCUUGCGGCAGGUGUCCCAAGUGUGGAAAACAGACGGGCUGAACUCCUGUUCCUAUAAACUGCUGUCAGUGGAGCACAACCCUUUGUACACUAAUGUCACAGUGGAUUUCAGUAUGCCACCCAAGAUCUUGUAACAUUGUUUCCUGUAGAUUCUAGGAGACGGAAAUAGAUCUUCCUCUUGCGGUAGCUGCUGCAGUGACUGGAAAGGCAGUGUUCUGCCUGAAGGGGUCCCCCAGCAGCACAGAGACAGUGCAGAGGAAAUAGCAUCUUUCAUCCUUUCUAAUUAUUUGGUUACAAAUUUGUUUUGUGGCAGCGCUGUGCGUUAAGCUGGAGACCUGGACUGACCGAGUGGAUAUGUCACCAUGCCUGUUAGUUUGUUUUCACUGGGAUAUUUAGAAAGUCUAUUUGUUUGGGCUGUUGACUUUUCAUUGGCCUUGUUGGGAACUUGAACUACACCCACUGAAAGCUUCAGCUCCUGUAGCUGUUUCCAAACCUUCUGCCAUUAGAGAGCAGGACAUAGGAGCCAACAUUGCCAUGUUUUCUAAAGGAGCGAGGCUGUUAUCAUACAAAGCACAAGAGUAUUUCAUAGCCUAAAGUCUUGUUUAGAAAGGCUGAUUUGAUCUCAGCCUGGGCAAGUGAAGAAAGGGAGAGGGAAGUAAUCAUGUUAACUGCAGUCACAUUGAAGAGAGUUUAAAAACUCUCAAUAAAAUACAACCCAUUUCACUCCAAA